AUGCUCGCUCAGAACAAGAAAAAUAGGAACAAAAAGGGUCUCGCCCUGGGGGCUGGUGCUAGCCCAACAUCGCUUGGUGGAUCGAAAGCUGAUAAACUACGCCCUGCUAGUUCAAACCGAACAGACUACCAUGACAAACUAACCGAGCAGCUAGCGACCCUGGAGAUCGGACUGGAAUUCAAACUCGAUCUACACGCUGAAGAUCUCCAAUUGUUAGGCGAUCUGGGUGCCGGAAACGGCGGAACGGUUUGCAAAGCUACACAUCUGCCUACUAAAUUGAUCAUGGCUAGGAAGCUUGUCCACAUUGACGCCAAGCCAUCGGUGAGGAAGCAAAUCCUCCGAGAACUUCAAAUUAUGCACGACUGUCGUUCCCCCUAUAUUGUCUCUUUCUAUGGAGCAUAUCUGCAAGACCCACAUAUCUGCAUGUGCAUGGAGUACAUGGAUAAAUCCUCGCUUGACAAUAUUUACAAAAAAACGGGACCCAUUCCUGAACAGGUUUUGGGCAAAAUUACCGUUGCCGUUGUUUCUGGUCUCAAUUAUCUCUAUGAUUCUCACCGGAUUAUUCACCGUGACGUAAAGCCAUCCAACGUGCUGUUCAAUUCUCAAGGACAAGUCAAAAUUUGCGAUUUCGGUGUCUCCGGUGAAUUAAUCAACUCUAUUGCCGAUACUUUCGUUGGUACCAGCACAUAUAUGAGUCCAGAGCGCAUUCAAGGCGCCCAGUACACGGUCAAAUCUGAUGUUUGGUCUCUGGGGAUUACCCUCAUCGAAUUGGCGCUUGGAAGAUUUCCGUUUGCUGAAGAGGCGGACGAUUCAGAUGAUUCAGGGACCGAGGAGCAUACCUUGAGUCCGACUAAACCAUCUGGACAAAAUGUUCAGCUGAGUUUAGACGCCGCUUUCCAGAAGAGAGAAGAACGCGAUCGACAAAGGCGAGAGAAGAGGCGAGCGAAGAAGGAGCAAGAAACCCUGGAGCUUGGUGUCGAUUCCAGCCGUGGUAAGAAGAAAAAGGGCGCGAGUGGUGUCAGUUUGGAAGGGGGAUCCGCCCAAAUGAGUAUCUUGGAACUACUCCAACACGUGGUCAAUGAACCUGCACCUAAACUACCUGCAGAUCGAUUCAAGAAACACACAUGCGACUUUUUGGAUGCUUGCCUUCUCAAAGAGCACGAUGCAAGACCCACACCGAAAAUGUUAACAGAUUUUGAAUGGUUUAAAGUUGCCGCUGAAGACGAAGUCGAUCUGGUCCAAUGGGCCAGUACUCUAGCCUUGUGA